CCUAGCUAGACUCCCCAAGGGCCCAACGCAACGCCUUCGGCCGGUCACCCCCUCCCUCGCUCCACUCCACCCGCCGCCGCAGCGCCAGCCCCUCCCUCGGCCGGUCUAGUCGACCGGAGAGGCAAUCCGUCCUUGACGCUUCUUUCGUCGUUUCUCAGGUUAGAAUCUAACAGCCAUGGCGAAGCACCAUCCCGAUCUCAUCAUGUGCCGGAAGCAGCCCGGCAUCGCCAUUGGCCGCCUGUGCGAGAAGUGCGACGGCAAGUGCGUAAUCUGCGACUCGUACGUGCGGCCGUGCACGCUCGUCCGGGUCUGCGACGAGUGCAACUACGGCUCGUUCCAGGGGAGGUGCGUCAUCUGCGGAGGGGUCGGCAUCUCCGACGCCUACUACUGCAAGGAGUGCACGCAGCAGGAGAAGGACCGGGAUGGUUGCCCCAAGAUCGUCAACCUGGGUAGCGCCAAGACCGAUCUCUUCUACGAGCGCAAGAAGUACGGCUUCAAGAAGAGGUGACGGAGAAGGAUAGAAGAUGGAGCUGUCGGGUCCUGUGGGCCUCUGGAUGAAUUGUGUUCAUCGAAACCAAGAGUAGGUUGUCCCGACGGCGGCUUUGCUUUCGCGUCAUGGUUUCAUGCUAAUAUGAGGAUACACCCAAGCAUGUGAUGCUCGAUGAUACUAACUAUUUGUUUUGUAUGGUCCAAGACUGCUUCUGCAAAAUGCACUUGAUGUUAACGACGAUGAAUGCUGGCUUGAGAUGUGAACUGA